GUGGCUAUAACCUUUACCGCUUACUGCCACUGUCAGUGUAUUGGUGCCGAUUAUACCCUCCCCAAAGGCGCAACGGAUGGAGUAAUGGAGGAACGCACAGCUGGAAACAAAGAAUGAAACGAUGGCUACCCGUCUGCCAACUGCCGCCUGCCGCCGGGUUUGGUUGGGAAGUAAGGGGUUGGCGGAGUAAGGGGUUUGCAAUGAAGGUUGGGGUCGGAAAGGCAUUACCGAUGCGGCACCAACACAACCUCAGGGGGUGUUUUCAUACGCAAGCACAGGCACACGAUGUGGUGUUUGUGCGAUGCCAUUUGGAGGACGCACGCAACGAGUCGCUGGCGUCUCCAUCAUCUUCUUCCACCCCCGAGACAACAUUUCCACACCCCUUGCUUCCCUUCUCGGCUGUUCCACUCCAAAGGGGGUUGGACGCGCUUGUUUGUGUGCGUGUUGCAUAUCGUACAUUUUUACUUCCCAUCAUCUCGGUGGUGCGCUCGAAGUCAGUGCCGUGCGUUCGAUUCACUCGUUGUUUGGCACCCCACGGGACAGAGCAGACACCGUGUGUCUCGGAUUGUGUGUUUUUUUUUCGGUUGAUUUUUCUGUUCGUGUAUCGAGCCAUUCUUUCCUGGCCGUGCGCGCUCGUGCACAGUGAUAGGAAGAACGCAUCUUACUCGUUUGUGCGAAAGUGAUCCUCGAAGUAAACGAAGAAACGCGUGCGUGAAUCACUCCGAUACACGACAAGAAGGGGUGGAAUAAGAGAAACACGGCGAAAGUGUACUGUGCGCCAGCUAGAUAGCAUUUCUGGGAGAGGAAAUUUAAUGCUUGCCCCUCCAGAUACCGGAAGUGUGAUCGAAUUGCACCGGUGAGAGUAGCACGGCGCUGCAAAACAACCACACGCAGAAGGGAAAGGAAAAGCUCGUGUGGAAAGAAAGUGCAUCGGCGUAUGAAAGUUACGAGUGAAGCGAAACUGCAUCCGGGGUGCUGCACAAGUGGUUUUGGACGUGUGAUUUGUUUUGCCGACUUUUGUGACGCGAUCCACAAUCUCGAUCUGUCAAGGAUUAGUGGUGAAACGGCGAAUAAACAGCAGUCGUACGUCACAGCAACCGCUGGAAAAUAGUGUGGUCAGGGUAACGUGCGUUUGAGGCGUGAAAACAACCCCUAUUGUGACGGAAUCAGACCAGUGAAUCAGUCAGUCGUAGUGAUAAGCUAAGGGAGAGAGCUCGCGUAGCAGCUACGUAGGAUCAAUCUCGGUUGUCUCGGCUUUGAAGCCUAGGCCAUGGUUAGACACCUUUGACGGUUAGAACACACAAAGAAGCGCAUCGUAUCGCGUGGGGUGGAAAAAAACGAACACGGAGCUGACGCUUGCGAACGCAUAAAACACGAAGAAACGCACGCACACACAAAGCUUCCAACAUGGCGGAAGCGAUCGACCUUGCCGGUGGCACCAGUAGCGGUCUGACUAACAAUUUGCUCGAUGAUAACAAUAGGAAAAAUGGUUCGGUGCGGGUGCAGAUCGUACCGUCGCAGCCGAAGACGCUCUCCCAUCUGCCGACCCGGCCACCCGUCGAUCUGGCCUUCCACAAUCUUUCGUACCGGGUCAAGGAAGGACGUCGCAACAAUGUAAAGACCAUCCUAAAAGAGGUGAGCGGCAAGCUGCGCUCGGGAGAGCUGACCGCCAUCAUGGGACCGUCCGGUGCUGGCAAGAGUACGCUGCUCAACAUCCUUUCCGGCUACAAGACGACAAACAUCGACGGCUCGAUAACGAUGAAUGGAAAGGAGCGCAACCUGAGCCAGUUCCGCAAACUUUCCGCCUACAUUAUGCAGGACAAUCAGCUGCACGCUAACUUGACUGUGGAGGAAGCGAUGAACGUGGCCGCUAGCCUGAAGCUGAGCCAGAAGGUGGAGAAGAGUGAGAAACAGCAUGUGAUCAAGGAAAUCCUGGAAACGCUCGGUCUCGAAGAACACCGUCCAACGUUGACGCGGAACCUAUCCGGGGGUCAGCAGAAGCGUCUCUCGAUUGCGCUGGAGCUGGUGAACAAUCCACCGAUCAUGUUCUUCGACGAACCUACGUCGGGCUUGGACAGUUCGACCUGCUUCCAGUGUGUGAGCUUGCUGAAGUUCUUGGCCCGAGGCGGACGUACGAUCAUCUGCACCAUCCAUCAACCGUCGGCCCGUCUGUUCGAGAUGUUCGAUCAGCUGUACACGCUCGCCGACGGUCAGUGCGUGUAUCAGGGUAGUACGCGACAGUUGGUCCCGUUCCUGGGUACGCUCGAUCUCGAGUGCCCCUCGUACCACAAUCCGGCCAGCUACGUCAUUGAGGUAUCGUGCGGCGAGCAUGGUGACCAUACGCGCAAGCUUGUCAAUGCGAUCGAGAACGGCAAGAAGGAUAUCCGCAGUGAGCUGGACUUCCCGGCCCAGAAGAACAAGAAGAAUGAAAAUGCGGCCAACGGAAAUGCCAACUUGAAGGUGAACUACGAGCGCAUGAACGGUGGGGCGAACAAGUACGCGGACAAUCUGAACCUCGGUGGAAAUGGGUUGCUGCCACCGUCGAUGGUGAACGACAUUGCGAAGGAGACGGAAACGAUCAAAAUCGCUGUUGAACCGGACCGGGAGCCGGAGGUUAACAGUGCGCUGCUGCCGGUUGAGGGUGCGACCGAUAUCGAUCACUCACCCGAACGCUAUCCAACGUCGGAGUUCCACCAGUUUUGGGUUGUGUUGAAACGAACGCUGCUUUUCAGUAGACGUGAUUGGACUCUCAUGUACUUGCGUUUGUUUGCUCACAUCCUGGUUGGAUUCCUGAUCGGCACACUGUACUACGAUAUUGGUAACGAUGGCGCUAAGGUGCUCAGUAACUUGGGCUUCCUGUUCUUCAACAUGCUGUUCCUGAUGUACACGUCCAUGACAAUUACGAUUCUUUCAUUCCCUCUCGAGAUGCCGGUACUGUUAAAGGAGAACUUUAAUAGAUGGUAUUCGUUACGAUCGUACUAUCUCGCUAUCACAGUCUCGGACAUACCAUUCCAGACAAUCUUUUGCGUGUUUUACGUCUCGAUCGUCUAUUACUUCACGUCACAACCACUCGAGUGGUUCCGGUUCGCGAUGUUCCUUGGCUCCUGUCUGCUCAUCUCGUUCGUCGCGCAAAGCGUCGGUCUGGUGGUCGGUGCAGCAAUGAACGUCCAGAACGGUGUGUUCCUGGCCCCAGUCAUGUCCGUACCAUUCCUGCUGUUCUCCGGCUUCUUCGUGUCCUUCGACGCCAUUCCAAUCUAUCUACGGUGGAUCACGUACCUGUCCUACAUUCGCUACGGGUUCGAGGGUACCGCACUGGCCACCUACUCGUACGGUCGCGAAAAGCUCAAGUGUCACCAGGUGUACUGUCACUUCAAGUCACCCACGACCACGCUGGAGGAGCUGGACAUGUUGGACGCCAACUUUACGCUCGACAUUGUUGCACUGAUCGUCAUCUUCAUUGUGCUGCGAGUUGCCGCCUUCCUGUUCCUGCGCUGGAAGUUGAAGACCACCAGAUAAAUCGUCCGUUCGACAAAGGUGGCACGUGAUUCGUGAUGCUUUUUUAAUAAUGUUUAAAUUUAACGAAGAGAGCAUGGUGGUGAGGAUUACGGUUCUGUGCCGUGCCCUACCAUUCUCUACCGGAUCCACCCGAUACCAUCGUAGCGUAAGCCAAAGUAGCGUGUAAAGUGUUUCAUGUUUUUCUUCUACUGUACCAAAAACACAGCUGAGUAAAAAGAAGAGAAGGGACAAAACUGUGUGAUGAUCGAUCGGCUUUUGAACAGCGUAACCUUACCAAUUUGGACGUACCGGACAUUAAACGAACGGAACAUAUCAAAGUAAUCGAGCGAAGCCCGUGCUCAUGCUCGAUUCGAAUCGCAGAAACAAAGCCACAAGAUUCUCCUUAUUGGGUGCCUUAUUGGCUGCAGCAUGUCCCAUGCCUUCGCUCUCCUUUCUCUAUAAAACCACAACAAGGGGAGCUGACGGCGGCGGUUUGUCUAUCCAUUUUCUAUACAGUGUAACAAUCUAUUUUGCUAAACAACUUUUACGAUAAGGCUCAAACGCACCUUGCCGUGCAUUGCAUUAGAUGUUAAAGGAACGGGGUUUCUUGCUAUAAUCGAUAUUGCAUCCAAAUGCGUCUACGUAAAACGGGAGAAGCGGUAGGAAAAGGUUGUAAAACAAAGGAAUUGAAGGAAAACAAAAUGGACUAAAUGUGAUAACAUUUUAAACAAAAAAAAAACACACACAAGAAGUAAUUACAUGAUCAACCAGCAUGUUGUAACAAGUGCAAUUAGUUAACGAAUGUGAGUUAGAAGGAAUGAAAAAAAAAAUGUAAAUGGAAUAAACAGGAUAAAAGUGGUUUUUUGAAAAUA